AUGACCCCCGUCUGGAUCUUACUCCUUCUCCAGCUGCGACUCACCAGAGAGGAAGAUGUCUACAUCCAGAAGGGGCAGGACCGGCUGUUCCCUUGUGGCCUGGGCGAGCGUCCCUCGGGCACGGAAGAGGUGACGUGGUCCUACAAUAUCGGUGAUCCUGUGUCCUCGUCGGUGCUGUUAUUCCGGGUCGCGGCGGGUCAGGCCCUGAAGAAGGAGGCAGUGGCCAGGGAGCGGCUCUCCGUGUUCCCCAACCACUCCCUGUACCUGCGGGGGGCUGAGGACGGGGACACGGGGACCUACUGGUGUUCGGCGCCGGGAGCCAACGGCCACACCUACCGCCUGUAUGUUGUCACAGGGACCCAGACGGUGCUGACGACCGGCCAGACCAACAUGACCUGCCACCAGUUCUCCUGCGCGAUCUGGGACCGGCAGGCGCUGACGGAGCCGGAGGUGACAUGGUGGGUCGGCGAGCAGCGGGUGCAGAGCACCGGCGGGCAGCGGGCGCAGGACACCGGCGGGCAGGGCUGGCAGCUCGUCUUGUCGAGCUCGCGGGCGGCGCUGCUCCAGGCCUGCUGGAACAGGAGCGACCUGGGGGCCAGGAAGAAGAAAAGACGGGUCAAGUGUGAGCUGAACAGCUUGCAGGUCUCCUUCGACCUCCCUGGAGCAGUGAAGGACCCGCCCGCCCCCAACGUGGGGGGACCCGCCUGUAGCUCCGCCUGGAUCCCGCUGGCCGUGUGCGCGGCGCUGGAGUUCCUGCUCCUCCUCGCCUUGGGGGCGGCGCUGUGGCGGCGAGAGCGGCCGGCCCAGAGGUCACACCUGGGCGACCCUCCCGCGCACACCCAGCCAGAUCCUCCCGGACCCAAAUCCCUGGCGCAGCUUUAUGAGAACGUGGGGCUGGGAUACGCAGCAGGGGGCGCCGAUCCUGCCCAGCUGUGAUAGCCCCGUCGGCCCCUGUGGAGCGACCGCCGCCCCUCGAGGCCUGUGCCGGGGUCUGGGCGGGGCCAAGCCGCGUGUCAACACCCAGCGCCCCCCGCAGGGCGGGGUCGGAGGCUCCCCGCGCCACCAGGGGCUUUCCAAGGGGAAGAGGAACCCAGGCGUCCGG